GAACUUUAAUGCUGUGACACAUCCACCGGAAGUAAACAAAACAAGCGCUAGCAGCGUUAGCUCCACAGAUGUGUGGAUUUAGCGGCGGGAUGAUGGUUUAGUUUUCGAUAAUAAAGGGUUAGAUGUAAUUAGGCAACAAUGUGUUCAGUUGAGUCUUUGAGAGAGUUUGUCAACGAGCGACUAACUGCUGCUGCUGAAGAAAUAUUGGGAGUUUUUAAAAGAACCAUCAUCGAGUACGAGGAAGAGAUCGAUCGUCAGCGCAGACUGUUGGAUAUCGUUUGGAAGCCUGAAAUAAAGUUACACAGGACAGAUCUCCCACAGCAACAUUUUUGUAAGGACCAGCAGCUCUGUAUUGAGGAGAGGAAGUCCAGUGUGGACCAAGAGGAGCCAGAGCCUCCAGAGAUUAAAGAGGAAGAGGAGGAAGUGUGCAGCAGUCAGGAGGGAGAGCAGCUUGUAGUGAAGCAGGAGACUGAUGGCUUUAUGUUGACUCCUGCUGAUGAGGAAAGUGAGCACAGUGAAGUUCAGACUCUGGACUUCAUUCAUGAUGACACUCAAAGUGCAGCAGAGAAUGACUCUGUCGUCAUUAUACCAGUUAUAAGCUAUGUGAUACCAACCAGUGAGCACCAGCUGCUCUCUCACAACUCUCAUGUAGCUGAGAGCCAAGAUCAGAAGGGAGGACAUCAUGAAAACAACAGCAACACAGAUGAAAAAUCUCACAAAUGUGACACGUGUGGAAAAGCUUUUCUGUACAGGUAUAACUUAAAAAUACACCAGAGAAUCCACACAGGUGAGAAGCCGUUUACGUGCAAAACAUGUGGGAGAGCUUUCAGACAGACUAGUCAUUUGACAGCCCACAUGAGAAUUCACACAGGCGAGAAACCGCACCUUUGCAGGAUUUGUGGGAAAAGAUUCAGCGACAUACGCGUGUUGGAAAGGCAUUUUAAAAUCCACACAGGUGAGACUUUGUAACUUUGCAAGACCUGCAGGAAGAGACAUUUGAAUGUGUGACAAUUGUCAAGGCAUAUAAGAUCUCAUACAGACAAGUGGUCUUGUGUUUGUUAAAUAUGUGGGAGCUGAUUCAGUUCUGGUUCAUGGUCAAAACACACAAGAACUGACAGAAGUGAGGUGUUGCAUGUUUGUAGCACCUGUGGGAAAAGUUUUACUCAGAUCACAUACUUUAAAAAACACCUGAGGACCAGUUAACACAGGAGAAACCAUAGAGCUGAAACUCCUGCGGAGACGUGCUCUCUAUCUGAAUCAAGUAAAAUUGCCCACUGAGAGGAGGUCACAAUAUGUUGAAGAACUACAUUUGUUAAAAAUGCCAUUUUGUUGAACUAACUCCCAGUUUUACUCAUAAUCCUGUUGUUCUUUGAAACAGUCUAUCUUCCAAAUUUUUUGAAAAAUAAAGUGUUGUCAGUGGA